GUUUUGUUGCUUUAGUAUGGACAUAUAUGAAAGUUGAGGGUAUUUUAUUAUGAAUUCAAAUAUUGGAAGAACAAGCAAUCAAGGUGUAGAAGAAGAUGUAAAUAUGCAUGGAAUGAGAAAAAUAACGUAUUGGGAAAAAUAUGGAGUUAAACGUUUUCGUUACCGUGGAAGACGACGGUUCACUCCAAUUCUCCAUCAACAUUUUGACGGUCAAAUUAGUAUCACAAACGAUGUAUUUGGCCUAACAAUUAAGCAAUUUGAAGAGACAUUUAGAGCCUGUUUGGAAAGAAGAAAACAAAAUUCUCAAUGGAUACUUAAUUUAAGAUACCCUGUUAAAUCUUCCAACGAAUACCUUGAAUAUUUAGAAAAUUGUACAGGUCAUAUUGAAGGUAACGUGCUCUGGUCAGGAACGUAUGUUCAUAAUGAAUACCUAUAUGAACAGCUUGUUCACAUAGUCGGAAUAGAAAGAGACAUACGUCAUAGACAACGGUUAUUUCUGAUUCAUGAUAUAACAGCAAAUAUAAUUGGUCGUCCUGAUUUACAACUGAUAUCAAGUGGAAGUAUAUCUGAAGGACUUGAUUUACCCGGCAGUGACCUUGAUAUGAUGUUGGUUGUUAGUAAGGUGGAAGUGGUUAAUACGACAGAGAAUAUGAAAUAUUCACAGAAAUAUACAACUCUGAUGAUGGAAACAGACCCCUUGUAUCCAGGGUUUACAAGACUGAAGUUAGUUGCUGAAGACUAUAAUUCUUCACAUCGUUUAAUCAAAGAUUCUCUAAUACAAACCAACAAAAAAGAUUUUUAUGUAGCACCCUUUAAAUUUCUUCGAAAAAUUAAACAGAUAACUUCAUCAGUUAAAACGUCCUUACAUGGUCCCUGUUUAUCGGAUAUAGAUGAAUAUAUGGAUGUUGCAUAUUGUCUCCGUUGUAAAUCAUUCCCAUACAAUGCAAGCAAUUGGGUUAAUCGUCAUAGGAAACAUUGGCCACCUAAUAAAGUAAUUGGUACCAUUGUGAAGAACGGAUGUUUGUUGGUAUCUAUUGGACCUAAAUCAAUGACAAACAAUAAUUUGUUGUGGAGGCUAUCCUUUUCUGUGGCAGAAAAACAACUGGUUCAUUCGUUCAACUAUACGCAAUUAUUAUGUUACGGCCUUCUUAAAUUAACAUUGAAACACAUCAUAAACGAAAAACAUGAUGUAAAGGAUUUGUUAUGUUCUUACUUCCUUAAAACAACGCUAUUCUGGUUAUCAGAGAAAGUAUCUAUCGAGACAUUUCAGUUAGGUAACCUAUUUUACUGUUUUUUCUUGUGUUUAGAUCAAUUAAGAUCGUUUAUUAGCAAUUGCUAUUGUCCUAAUUACUUUAUACCUGAACAAAAUAUGUUUCAAGGAAAGGUCAAUAAGAGAAAUAAUAAGAGAUUGCUAUGUGCCCUUGACAGUAUUGAAUGUGGCGGAACAGCCGGACUGAUAUCUUAUUUAUUUUCCGAAGGUGCUAGUUUAAAAUGCCUAGCAUCAACUAUUAAAUGCAAAUCCUACAUUCAGUUAGACAUUUUGUUUUAUAGACAUAUUUCCGAAAUUUCACCUGAAUCGAAUAUAGAUAACUAUUACAGAGGAAUUAUUAUUGCUAAAUCUUUCCUUCGGAAUGAAUCGUCGAUCUUUGUACGGGAUGUAUGUAAAUGUUGGAUUGCCAGACUCAAUCAGUAUUUGGUGCAACUACUUCCGCGUCCAUUUUCAGUACAGAAUGUCAAAAAUAAACAAAAUCGUUAUCAUAAACAUUUACAAAAAGGUUUACAAGCAGAUGCUGUGACUGGUUGGCUGUUGUACGCGUCGUUUUAUUACGUAAUUGGACAGUACAAAGUUACACUCCUAAUAACAGACUAUUUUUUAUCAAAGUGUACACAAGAUAAGAUAUAUUUAGGCUGUUUUAAUUUUCUUCAAGAAAUAAUAGAUAACUAUGCUAAGAAUAUCUGUACAAAAAACAUAACACUUAACGAAAAGACGAAAUUAGCGACCAUAACUAGUGUUGUAUACUUGAGACGUUCUUCUUUAAUACCUGAGGAGCUAAGAUUGGAGGUGGAAAAUGAUCAUUUUUCUAUACCUCCUGUUGUUUUAUCUCAUUGUCUUAGAUUUCUGUGUAACCAUCAUCUCGGAGAAACCUUUAAAACAAUACAAGCAUUGCGGGAUUUGACUUUUACUAUUAGAGAAAGCAAUUUUGUUUCUAUCAGCCUAAUAUCUGAAUCAUUCACAAUUCUCGGUGUGUGCUGUGAGUUAUCUGGUGAUAUAGAUUCAGCUUGUGUGUGCUACGAUACAGUUUUACACAUUCAUGUAGGGACUAAUUGUACAGCAGAAAUUAGGAAAAAAGAACUCCUGAAAAGACGAAAUGUUAGACUCUUAAAAUAGUCGUUCUGGUAACGGAUGAUUUCUUUUCUGCACAUCUAAAAUGUAUUUUAUUUUCUGCACUUCUAAAACAAUUUUAUAUAUUGUUUAUUUUUCAACCUGUAUUUGAUAAGGCACUACUAAAUUGUAACAUAUGUAUACUUUCCUGAUCGUUUUGACUAGAAGUGUAGUGUACUAAAGUAAUUUUUAUCUUAUCCCACCAUUUACGGUAGACAAAUAUGAGGAAAAACUAUACAGUGCAAACUGGAACAUCGAAGUUUAGAUAUGAUCCGUAUUUUGAUGUUAUUACAAAGGACCUCAACAUCGUUCAUGACCGAGAAGCUAAAUCUUUCCCAAGAAAAAGCAAAACAAAAAAAAUCCUCCUCCAUCGAAAACAAAUUGCCAAAAUUGUCGUCAGGUCAUUACAGAUACUCUCACUCUAUUGUUAACAUUGGUGUAGAAAGGAAAAUCAAAUACAAAAAUCACUUGAUUCUUUUUUGUUUAAAUGCAUAGUUAAUGUUGAUAUAUGCAUAUUAGAUUUUGAAAGUAAUUUAGAAAUUAGUAAGGGGAUGAAUAAGGUUCAACAGAAGAAAUUGACAAAUAUGGCCGUGUUUACACCAUAAAUAUAACUAUCAGUGAACAACGGGGAAACGUCUUAAUGCAUGGGGGAAACUUGAUAAUUAAAUUUUAAAUGUAUGUUAUGUUGCAGAAAGUUAAAACUUUCCUGGAUUUUAGAUUCCUUUUUUUGUUCCCACAUAAGAUGCCAAAAUACACUCAAUUAGAAAAAUGUUUGAGAUGUUCCCCUCUUGUGAAGUGAACUGUAUUGAUUGGCAUGGGCAAUAGAGAAACAAUAGAUAUUUGAACAUGGUAGGUGAUUUAAACUGUGCAAAUGAGUGGACCGUAUCAAAUGCAAAUCAAGUGAUUAUUUAUUUUGACAGCUGACGUGUAUGUAAACAAAUGAAGGUUACGUACGACCAUCAGCAAUAAGCAAAGCCCAUCUUAUGUUGUAAGCUCUUAAUGGCCAUAGCAUGACAAAAUAUAUAACAAUAUAAAAGAGAAAAUCAACGAUCUGAUAUAUGAUAAAAUAAUGAAUAUACAAAUAGGACAGAAAUCAACUAGCGAAAACCACUGAAACGCAGGAUCCUGACUUGGAACAGGCAAUACAAUUGCAAAUUUUGGAAGGGGGUUAAACAUAUUUGCGAGCGCUUAGCCCUCCUCUUAACACAAAACAGUGGUGUAAAAGCACAACAUAAGAACAAUCUGCAAAAAUCAGUGGUAAAGGGCUUGACUCAUUACAUCUGACACGAAACACAAUACUAAUAAAAAAGACAAAAAAAAACCAAAAAAA